AUGGACACGUAUAAUUUCGACGAGGACCUCAUCGAGAAGCCGCGAAGGGAUCCCACCCCCGAACCCGCAGACGACCGUGAGGUUAUAGAGUGCCUCUGGUGGACGCGGAGCGACUGGGAGAAGCACUUGGAAGGCAAAGAGGCCCUUGCCGGAGACGCGGAUUCGCUACGGGACGAAUCGGUCAGCGUCGCUCCAUCAACAGAGCCCGAUACGCUUUCGGUCUGCCCGAGCGAUCUUGACGGUCGCUCGGACAGACUUUCAUUGUUUGGCGACGCAGAUGCGCCAGAGCUGGAGGACGAACCGGAGCCGGUCGGAGUCGAAGGGGACCUGGAGUCCGAAUUUGAGGAUGACGAGGAUAGACCUAUUCAACUCGCGGACCAGCAGAGCGACGCAGGUGAGCCCAGGAGGUCGAAAGCGUCGAUCUCCCAGGGCCCAACCUCCGUCGGUGGGAACCUUCCUGCCGGCGGAGCUAUUCUUAAUAUUCAGAGUCACGGCUCCGCUCGUUCAAGAAGCCGUGACAAACCUAUCAAGAGCGGCUCCGCCGCCAGGGGUAAAAAGGUCAUCCGACCUCGCCAUCCAGGCAAAAAGGUCACCCAACCUCGCAAGCCCUCUCGAAAGGCCUCCAAGGCCACCAAAGAUGGAGUAGAGGAGAAGCAUUUUGAGAAAGAUUCGAUGGGAUACGCGGAUCCCAUCGAGGUCCUUGAGCACCUCAAGAGGGCUCAAAAGCAUUUCAGGACGUCCACCUUCAAGGUCGUUUUCCCCGUCGACCAAGGAUUUACAGUCGACGCAAAAGGGAGGCGCCGAUGCGGAAUCCGGGGGGCGAUUGCAACCUCGGGCGUCGUGCGAUGGGUCCACACGGAGUGCGAACCGUGUGGAAUUGAGGUCGCAACGGGGGAUUCGUACAGGCGCCAUGUGAUAGAGGCGCACUUUGGGAUCUCUCGAGGGCGCAAAAAGGACCAACCAGAUCGCAUUCAGAAGCGAAUCAGGGAGCACUACGACGCGGAGAGGACGGGGAGGAAGCGAAAGGCGGAGGAGGACGAUGGCGACGAGUACGAAGAUGGCGUGGAGCGCACCAGAAAAAGAGUCCGGAAGCAAGCCUCUAGCUUGGAAUGA